CCGGAGUUUGGCAUCCGCGCUACGUUCUGGUAGACGAUCAGCUUGAAGUGAGCACACCACGAAUCGUUCCGAUCGAGGUCGAGGUCAACCGACUGCAACUUCCGAGAGACGUCUUUGUGGAAGAGGACUCCUUAUUUUUUGCGCGUGAAUGGUACACGAGUCAGACGACAUUUUUGGAAGUCCUUCGCAGCUACGUGCUGGGGAUUCCACUGCGGCCGCAUCACGCCCACUUACGUAGCUUCGACCCCAGCAAACGCCGGUUUCCGCAAGGUGCAGAACUCAAACAACCGUUCGAGGACGCCCUGCAAGAAAUUGAGCGCCGGGAAUUUUUCGUCGUUGCCUGGACGGCGGCAACUGGCCCAUCGCCGACCGACAGCAAGAAGCGCAGCUGUGCGCCCUUCUGCUUCCGAAAAAAACGAAACCAAGUUCCUGUAGACCUGUCGGGUGUUGGCAAACUGGAGAUCUACACAGCAAGCUUCUGUCAUACUGCGGACGGUGUGUCCCAGCUGAACGGUAUCGCUGGUGGUGACUGUGCCGACCUGGAUCGGUAUGGUGUGGGUCUGGGUGGGCAUCUGAGUCUGCCGUACUGGAGCCGCCCCAACCAGAGUUUCGUUGUGUACCAGUGGUUUCUCUCGCUGUCCCCAGCGCUCUUCCCUACAAGGAACGUUUCAGCUGCGUUGGAUGCAAGGAACAUUUAUACCGGAACGUUUGUACCGCGG